AUGGGUGCUGAUUGGGGACCGGUGGUUGUUGCAGUGGUCAUGUUCAUUCUCCUUUCACCCGGACUGCUAUUCCAGCUACCAGCGAGGAUGAGGAUGGAGACGAAUUCAGUCGAUGUAGAUGUGGACAUGGAUGACCAGGAUGAGGAGAGUGUAGAGGACGAAGAAGAAGAGAGUGGACUGCAAUGGCCAUGCCGUUGGUCUUCAUGGUUCCGAACUCCAGCUGUUUGUUGUGUCCAGGUAGCUGAAAGAGUAGUCCAGGUUGCAACAGCACGAACAGUACUAGUCCGAUCAGUAUGGGACCCCAAUCCGCCAUUGUUGCACUGCACCUUCUUUUCUUAG